AUGACAAGGCUCGAGGGUCGUCGGGUCAAGGAUAGGCCGCAGAACAAGAGAGAGGGAAGAGACAAAGGAAAGUCGGACGAGAUACAGAGACAAGAGCGCGAGCCCAACGAUCCUGGUCUGCAGUCGGCCCUAGACGUGCUUCCUAGAGUCCUGGAUUCCUGGUCGUCAAAGGCAGACUGCGGCGGUCUGGCCAGGUCGGCGCCAGGUUUCCCCUAA